AUUUCUUCUUCCACAGCAGUUUAUUCUCGAACUUCUAUCAGAAACUAGGACAGUCUCCGAACCCGUCGACGUUGCAAGAUCUCCCGAUCACCCUCUGAUUCGACGGGAUAUUCACUCCAUAGUCGAGAGAGACGAUGUCAGGCACCAAGGCCCUGCUGAAGGGGAUCAACGAGGCAAUCAAGCAGCAAAAAUGGACUGAGGCUAUCGAGGCUGCAGAGGAUGUUCUCCAGAAAGACCCUAAGAACUAUCAAGCACACAUAUUCCUCGCUUUCGCCCUGGACAAGGCAAACCAGUUCGACCGCUCAGAAAGCACAUACCUCACAGCGACUAGGUUAAAGCCCAAUGACCCCCAAGCAUGGCAGGGCCUCAUCAAGCUGUACCAGAGGCAACGCGGAAAGAAACUUAAACAAUAUCAGCAUGCUGCCCUCAAGUUGGCCGAGAUCUUCCGUGACGCCAACGAGAUGUACAAGUGCCAAGACGUCGUCGACAAGUUUAUCGACUUUGCGCGGACACAGGGUGAGCGGGCCCAGUAUGUGGACGCCUUGGAUCUGAUUCUCCCCGAGAGCCCCAUCUACCCAGCCCUGGAGGGCCGCGUCCCCCAUCCGGCAAAGACAUACGAGAUUCAGGCCCAGAUCGUCGAGGCAGACGAAAAGAAGCGGAUUAACACUCUGAUCGGCGAGCGGCGAACCCGGAUAGGCGCCCGAGUUAGCGAGGUGACCCUUGAGGUGAAACGAGAGGUCUACAGCCAGAGCAAGCUGGGUUACAUCUAUGGACAACUGAUCAACUGGGCCACCGACGACGAUGUGCGCCGAACGUACGAGGAGAAGCUUAUUCAAUACUGCUAUGAUAGGCUUCUGGCGUGGCCUCCGGGCGAGCAAAAGGAACGAGAAGCGGCCAUAGUCCAGAAACUUGCAAAUGACAUGGUCAUUAUCAGGCACCCGUUCAAGUUUGCCUGGGACAUCACCAUCAACUGGCAGGACCAUAAGGAUAUACGGGACUGGGACGUCACUGUGCUGAGGCAAUACUGUACCUUCUUCCCGGACAGUGAUCUCAAUAGGGUCAUCAUGGGUUUCCUCACCAGCGACAUCUCGCCCUUUCCCAAGGAGCCGGCGCAGCAACCCAAGUCUUCUACAAAUGCGGAGAGCGAGGACGAGAGUGAAGACGACGAAGGAGGAGGCGCGCCGACGACAUAUGUUCCCCUAACCGAUGACGAUCGACUGCUGAUGAUCAUGGAGGGUGUCAGCAGCGCCGACUCGCUGUUCGCAUUCCGGCUGGCGGGCGAAUACUACCAGCACAUCGAGGAUCACGAGAGCAACGUCGAGCUUAUGCGCAGGGCUCUCGACCAUCUGAAGGCAGAGCGCUCCAGGACUGGACUGCCGUUCCGGAAUACUGAGGACGCCCUUUCGUUGUAUCUUGGCACGGCGCUGAUUUUCUAUCAGUCGCCGCGGCACCAUCAAGAGGCCAAGAGCCUUUUUGACAAAGUCCUGGCGCACGACCCUUCUUCAACCGGCGCCAUGAUUGGUGUGGGCCUGAUAUACGAGGAGGAAGAGGAGUAUACCGAGGCCAUUGACUUCUUGGAGCGGGCACUGCAGCGCGACCCAGGCAACCUUCGCGUAAGGACGGAAGCUGCCUGGGUCAAAGCCCUGAAAGGAGACUUCGAGACAAGUAGGAAUGAGCUGGAGAGCUGUCUCCCGCUUCUCACGAAGAGAGGGCAGACGAACAAGGAGCUCCUCGCGCAGACCCAAUACCGCAUCGGAUACUGUAUCUGGAACCUCGACACGUCAAGGGCGGCAAGGAAGAGUCGAUCGGGGGCCUACGCGUACUUCCUCGAUUGUCUUAAAAACAAUCUCAACUACGCGCCCGCCUACACGAUCCUGGGCAAGUACUACGCGGAUUACGCGAAGGACAAGAAGAGGGCGCGCAGGUGCUUCCAAAAAGCGCUUGAGCUCUCAGCAUCCGAGGUGGAAUCGGCAGAGAGGCUUGCCCGGUCUUUCGCAGACGACGGCGACUGGGACCGAGUCGAGCUUGUCGCGCAGAGAGUGGUUGACUCGGGGAAGGUCAAACCUCCGCCUGGGUCGAAGCGCAAAGGUAUCAGCUGGCCCUUUGCCGCCCUUGGUGUGGCGGAACUCAACAAGCAGGAUUACCGCAAGGCUAUCGUCUCAUUCCAGGCAGCACUCAGGAUUUCGCCGGAUGACUACCACUCGUGGGUCGGGCUAGGCGAGAGUUAUCACGGGUCCGGACGGUACAUUGCAGCGACAAAGGCUAUCUUGAACGCUCAGAAGCUAGAAGAGGCUGCUGGUGGAAAUAUCCCCGGGGAGACGUGGUUUUCCAAGCUCAUUCUGGCGGACGUUAACCGCGAGCUGGGCGACUUUGACGAGGCCAUCACCCUCUACCGUGGUAUAAUCGCCGACCGUCCAGGCGAAGCUGGCGUGGCAAUUUCUCUGAUGCAGGCCACGGUGGACAACGCUUUGGACAGCCUGCACAAGGGCUUUUUUGGCAAAUCGAUCGAUCUUGCCGUGGAGACAAUCGAAUUCGCGGUGCAGGCUCCACAGGAGAUUAAAGAGACGUUCAACUACUGGAAAGCCGUGGGAGAUGCCUGCUCAUUGUUCUCGAGCGUUCAGGGCCGCUUGUCCGAGUUCCCUGCCGACACGGUCCAGCAAUUGCUCGGCGUCGACGAGUCGGAUAUUCUGUCAGGAGAUGGUGUCGGCGCCGUCGUCAAUGGGACCACCCCUGACGAGAACAAAAUCGGAAAGGAGCUGACCAAAGUCCUGCAUGCCACCAUACUCGCCCACAAACGCGCCAUACAAGUGUCCGCCAACGACACGCACGCGCAGGCAGUUGCAUACUACAACCUCGGCUGGGCUGAGCAUCGGGCCCAUAUGUGUCUCCCCAUGCGGCUGAGGAAGAAGGCGACCAAGUACUUGAAAGCGGCAAUCGCGUGCUUCAAGCGAGCCAUCGAGCUCGAAGCGGGCAAUUCGGAAUUCUGGAACGCCCUUGGCGUCGUAACCAGCGUGGUCAACCCAUCCGUCUCGCAGCACUCGUUUGUCCGCAGCCUGCACCUGAACGAGAGCGGCGCUCACACGUGGACGAACCUCGGAACCUUGGCACUGCUCCAGGGUGACGUCCAGUUUGCGAACGAUGCCUUCACGAAAGCACAGUCAGCGGACCCUGACUAUGCACACGCCUGGCUCGGACAGGGCUUGGUGGCGCUGCUACUCGGUGACCGGAAGGAAGCGCGCAGCCUGUUCACGCAUGCCAUGGACAUCUCGGAGAGCUCGUCCACGGCAAGCAGACGGCACUUUGCCAUCUCCAUGUUUGACCACGUCAUGGAGUCACCGUCCGGCUUGCCCGUGACAUCGCUCGUCCAACCGAUCCUCGCCCUCAGCCAGCUGCAAGGCCUCGAUCCACAAGAGGUUGUUUACGGCCACCUGUCGGCCCUCUUCCAGGAGCGCAACCACGAGCACGACCGGACGGUUGCGACCCUCGAAAAGAUAUGCGCCGCCGUCGAAUCGGAUUACGAAGUCACCGAGUCGCCCGAAUCCCUCAAGCGAUUUGCCAUCGCCAAAGCAGACCUCGCCCGCGCCUACCUCGCCAUCGGGUCCAACGAGGAAGCCAUCGAAGCGGCCGAGCUCGCCGUCCAGCUCAGCAACACCGACGACGGCGACGACAGCAGCGAGCUGACGGCCGAGGAGCGCAAGCGCGUCCGGCUGAGCGCGCACGUGACGAUGGGGCUGGCUAAGUACUACCAACAACAGGGCGACGGCGUCGACGAUGCGGUGGCGUGCUUCGACCUCGCCAUCGAGGAGUCGGACGGCAACCCGGACGUGGCGUGCGUUCUGGCGCAGGUGCUGUGGGCUACGGGCAAGGAGGAGGCGCGGGAGCGGGCGCGCGAGGUGCUGUUCGAGGUCAUUGAGCGAUCGCCGCAUCACGUGCAGUCGGUGCUGCUCCUGGGUGUCAUCGCGCUCCUGGACGAGGACGAGGAGAGCCUCGAGGCGGUCAUGGCCGAGCUGCAGAGCUUGAGGGCGAGCGACGAGGGCGUGACGCCAGCGGACCAGAGGCAGCUCGGGGAGGUGCUGAGGGCUAUUGCGGCGUUCGGCAAGGGGGAGGGACAGGAGGAGGAGGAGGCCAAGGCGGACCAGGCGAGGGUGGAUGUCAUGCUACACCCGCACUUGCCGCAUGGGUGGGCGGAGCUCGGGGGGGCGGGAGGGGAGGAAGGGAAGAGCGCGGCCGAGAUGGCGGUGCGGGUGGCGUUGAAGGGGGUGCCACCCCGAGGAGACGUGGCGGCGGAGGACCUGGCAAGGGCGUAUGCGGGGACUGGCCGGGCUAUGGAUGCCCAAAGGGCGAUUGUGGUUGCGCCAUGGGAGAAGGCUGGGUGGCAGGCGUUGGGUGAGGUCGUCAAGGGAUGAAGGUUCGACGACUAUGGAUGCGUGUGUGUGCAUGUAUACUGUACGCGUAGAAAGCGUGGUGUGCGAUGGGGUUACCAGCGAUUCGGGAUCUGAGGUCAUGAAUAGAUUCGUGCAUGUCAGCUUUUGAUGUAGGGAGAUGGGUAUCAAGAACAAAAAAAACGAGUCUCGGAGCAACACAAGUCCGCCUGUAACGCCGCGCUGUCGCCCUCUGCCGAUACUAUUCCCAUCCUUUUGGCCUCCUCCUGGCAACUUCUUGUCCUUCGGCCCAUGACCUUGCUGGGUCUCUUAUCUUCUUUCCCUUUUUUUUUUCCC